UUCACCUCCCAAUAACCAAAAAAAAAAAAUAUAAUUAUUGUUGUAAAUUAAUCUUCUAAUAUUUCAAGCUCCAUCAUUUGUCUCAUUCUCCUCCAUACUUUGUCUCCAAAUUUUUGUUGUUGGUAGCAAUUUUUGCAUUUGAUAAAUCCAUAUCCAUAUAUAUAAUAAUUAGAAACAUUUUUACAUAAUAUAUAUUGCAUUUGAUAUAUUAUAUAUAUAGUAUAAAACCUAAGUUAAAUAUAUAUACAAGUAUAAUAAUGUCUAGCAGAAGGUCACGAUCAAGGCAAUCUGGAGGUUCCAGAAUUUCAGAUGAUCAAAUUCAAGAUCUUGUUUGUAAGUUGCAACAACUUCUUCCUGAGCUUCAUAACACUCGUCGCCCUGAUAAGGUAUCAGCAGCAACAGUAUUGCAAGAGACUUGUAAUUGCAUAAGACGUUUGCAUAGGGAAGCAGAUGACUUGAGUGAAAGAUUGUCUCAGCUGUUAGAAACAACUGAUACUAAUCAAGCAGCACUUAUUAGAAGCUUACUUAUGCAAUAAUAAUUUUAUCUAUUUUUGUCUACUUUUCUCGCUUUUUUUAUUUUUUUUAUUGUCCCUUUUUAUAUAUUUUUUUUAAAUCAUGCUCCUUAGUUUCCAAGUUAAUUACUGUUUAGUUAAUUUUGGCCCUAGGAUUAUGUUACUAUCUAGCUAGAUGCUAAUGGAAGUUAAGUUCUAGUUUUACAAGUUAGAUUUCUCGUUGUUAAGCAAAGGCCAAAGAAUCAUAUAAUAAAAUGGAGCUUCUUUUUGUGUGUAAAAAAGGAGUGAAAUUUUUUUUUAGUUAAUGGCCGAUGCAAUCAAGGAAAUAAAUCAUCCAAAAGUUACAGUGA